CCAAAUUGGUUUUGUGAACUGAGAAAAUGGCAAACGCAAAUAUGCUAUGGAGUUCCGCUAAGAUUCUUGGAUUUCCUUCUCCGAUAGCAAGCAACGUCCGAUGGGCAAGGUUCGAUUAUACAUUUCGGCUUCGGCAUCGUCCAUUCGAGGGCUCUUUCUUCUUCUUCAACUCCUUGCGUUUCAAUUGCAGCUCCAGUAAUGCAAAUUCAGUAUGUAAUGGCAAACAGUACUUAGUUUUGUCCGACGAAGAGCUGAUGAAACAGUGCGAAAUGGGCACGUUCAAGGCGUCGGGUCCCGGCGGUCAGCACCGCAACAAGCGCGAGUCUGCUGUUCGUUUGAAGCACAUUCCCACUGGUAUCAUUGCUCAGGCUGUUGAGGAUCGAUCCCAGCAUAAGAAUCGAUCCAGUGCCUUAGCUCGUCUUCGUGCUCUCUUGGCCCUAAAAGUUAGGAACCCUGUGGAUCUUGAAGAUUAUUCGCCUCCCCCAGAGCUUCUUCAGAUUCUUCCUCUUAAGUCCACUGUUAGGCCACCGGAAUGUGGCCCUCAAAUUGGUCCUAACAAUUCUAAGUUUCUGCCGGGCAUGCAAGCUCUACUGGAUCUAAUUUCCACACUUGAUGGUUCUGUAUCAGACACAGCUAAGCUUUUAGGGUUAACAACCGGUGCUCUUUCAAGGUUAAUCCUAUCCGAUGAUGCUCUUAGAAUGGCUGUAAAUGAUAUCAGGAUGUCCAAGGGUCUGAAGCCGCUCAAGUAGAUUGUCAAACUGAGCAUAACUUCAGCAGCAAUUGACAUGUAUUACUUCUUUCAAGAUCCCAAGUUUAAAACUUCAUAACCAUUAAGUAAAAAGUGGGAAGCUCAAUGAACUUGUAACUAGAGAGACACUACGCAAGCAACUAUCUUUCUUAUUAUCAUGCUUAGCUCAACCGCUCAGAGCAUUACUCACAUCUUUCUUGAUGAUCGGAGGUUUGUAUCUCCAAUCUCGUUGUUAAUGCAUGAAGGUUGAAAACACUUUCUCUUGUUACUCUUCCCUAUUACUGCAGAUUUUAAACUAGAAACGCUUCGAUUUGAAUCUGCUUUAUCGACAAAGAGUUCUACUUUGUUCGCUCAACUGUUGUCAAUUCUCUUGUAUGUCAUGUCUUGUUCUGGAAAGAGGAAAAAGAUUUACUUUUACUAUAGCCUAUAUGUAAGAGGUUUAUGUUGUUGUAUCUUAAUCUUGGAAAAAUAUUGUAAUGUUUAUCUUAAAUAUUAAAAUUGAAUUAUGCAUUGUAAUGUUCA